AUGCGGGGGUUGACUCUUCCAAAAACACCACUAACUUCCGGUGGCAGCAGCAGCAAGCCUCCAUUAGUGCCUUUGGUGGACUCAUUACCAUGUUUUGCUGGCAUUUCUAGAAAACCCAUUUCACCUUUAUUAAGAUGCAGAGAGAUCUCAAAGUUGAAUUCCAGAUUCGGCACAUUUAGAGCACAAGCAUCCAAUGUUAGUAUAGGAUCUGGAGGCUAUGAGGGUGAGGAGGAAGACAACCAGAAAAGUUUCGUCAAUGGUCCUGGUGACAACUUACCUGACAUUGUAAAACCACCCAGCAAAAUUCCUUAUCCUCUAUCUAUAGCUAUUGUGCUACUUGGAUGUGCUUUGGUAUUUUCACUUAUCGCUUUCGUGAGAGGUGGACCUUCAUCAAUUUUAGCAGCAAUCGCAAAGUCAGGAUUAACUGCCGCAUUCACAUUAAUAUUUGUUUCCGAAAUAGGGGACAAGACAUUCUUUAUUGCCGCACUCUUGGCCAUGCAAUAUGAGAAAGGAUUGGUUCUUCUGGGGUCAAUGGGUGCUCUUUCACUUAUGACAAUCUUGUCAGUUGUAAUUGGACGAAUAUUUAAUUCAGUGCCUGCUCAGUUCCAAACAACCCUGCCAAUUGGAGAAUAUGCAGCUGUAACUCUUCUCAUGUUCUUUGGGCUAAAAUCAAUAAAAGAUGCAUGGGAUCUACCAUCAAAUGACGCUAAGACUGGUGACAAAAGUAGUCCGGAACUUGAUGAAUAUGCUGAAGCUGAGGAGCUUGUGAAAAAGAAGGAAUGGGGAGAUCGCUCAAUGCUUGCAACAAUUGCUCUCGGUGCUGCUCAGUCUCCAUGGGGCGUGGCAACUGGAGCCAUUGCUGGACACCUGGUUGCGACAUCCAUUGCGAUUCUAGGAGGAGCCUUUCUUGCAAACUACAUUUCAGAAAAGCUGGUUGGCUAUUUGGGUGGAGCGCUGUUUCUUGUUUUUGCUGUUGCCACUUUUUUUGGCUUCUUCUAA